ACAGGUUUAUUAGGAGUAGUAUUUAAUUGCUACAAAAAGGCAGAAUAUAAGAAAACGUCUCCAUCAGGUACCUCUAUAUAAAGCAUAAACCCAAGUCUUGAACAUUUCAUGUUGUGAUGGGGAAGAAGAAUUCAUGGGUGAAUGCUGUGAAGAAGGCCUUCAGAUCUCCCACCAAUGAUGACAAGAAGAGAGAAGAAGAAAACCACCAAGAAAAUGUAGAAAAAAAAAGGGGGAAGAAGAGAUGGAUUUUUGGGAAGAAUCUAAGCAUUGAGACGGCGAAAUGUGCGAAUUCUUCGGCGGUGAGGAUUUGCGGCGGAGAAGAGAUCACUUCGGUGAGGAUCAGGAAGCAGCCCAAAAUGGAGGACCAGAAGCUUCCUUUUGCGGCGGAGGAGAAUGUUUUGAUGACAGAAGACAAGGCGGCGAUUCUCAUUCAGAGAAUCUUCAGAGGAUACCUGGCAAGGAGAGCUCUAAAUGCUCUACAAGGCGUGGUGAAACUGCAAGCACUAAUAAGAGGCCACAAUGUCCGAAAACGUGCCAAAAUGACCCUCCAAUGCAUCCAAUCUUUGGUUCGAGUCCAAGCUAUCGUUUGUGAUCAGCGCCGGAGGCUGUCGUGCGAAGCCGUGUUUCGCCCUGACAGCCUCAGGCCGUCGAGCCGUGCUUCGAAUAGCUUGGGCGUGGGCCCCACCGAGCUCGGGGAAAUCCACGCCCUCAUACAAAAGGCCAAAGAAUGCUCACUCAAACAGGGCCACACAUUAGCCCAUGCAUUGUCUCAACAGAUUUGGGCCACAGAUUUAGAAGAUUAUUCAAGGAGGGAAAAUGACUAUAGUAGGAUGAGGAAAGAUAGGUAUCUAUGCAAUCAAAGGGAUCCAAUGAAGACUAGUGAAGUGAAGAGCCACCAAUCUCCGAGAACCCCGGCAUGGUCCAAGACGAGGUCUAUCCCGUGCAGCCCGCGCGGGGAAGCUAGCUCGCGAAGGGUGAGCAUGAGCGAGAGGUCUUGCCCGUUGCCUCGGCCAAACUAUAUGGCAGCCACGGCCUCGGCCAUGGCGCGUGUUAGGCCAAACAGCACGCCAAGGCAGAGGCCGUCGAGCCCGGGCAGGGAGGCGGCCGGCACGGCUAGGAAGCGCCUCUCCUUCCCAGCCCAUGAAUUUGAGGAUCAAUCCAACUUCCAAAGAUGGAGAGAGGAGCCUUACUAUGGCACAGACUGAGUGAGACAUGGAGGCAAGAUGUGGCUGAUUUUUUCUUUAAUUCUGCAUUUGUAGAUUGUGUACAUGGUUUUCAAUGUAAUAAGCUUAGGAAACAAUCUUGGUUAUGCCCACAACUACUUAUGUCUGAUCUUGAUUCUUGUUUUCUUCUAA